UCUUUCUUACUUUUUUCCUCCUUUCAGCUGGCUCACACCUCUCCAAGAGUGCUUUCUAGCCAUCCCUGAGGCUGUCCCUCCCUGCAUGACUGCACGAGGCACAGCAACUUACGACAGGGGGUGGGACAGGACGCUGACUGGUGCCUCUGAGAUUUGGUGCUGGAUUUUUAGGGUACUUGCCUUGGGCUCCAGAUUGGAGGACGGCAAUCUAGAACAGGCCUCUUACUUUUUCUUCUCUUCUUAUGAACUGGAAUAUGCAGCAGAUAAAACUUUUUUACAGUAAUAUGCAAAAGGCUGGGAUUUACGGGUGACCCACACUCCAACAACGCACACAUCUGCGUCUCAGGCACGCUCAGACCUGCUGGGCAGAAUUACUAAGUGUGGCUGCUCUCAGUUCAGGAAGUUGGUGUUAAGAAAAGAGAGCAGACCUCCCCUGGCUCUUUGGAAACGUAAAGGACGCUUGCAAAAACAGCUCUUUCUCAAAUGUGCUCCUGUCCUGAAGGAGCUAAUACCGGCCAUACUGCAUCUUCUCCCUUUGAACCCCCCUGCUAACCUGACGGUCUACAGCUCAGCAGCAUUCUAAUCUCACCCAGCCUCAUUCAUUUCCUCUUGGAUUUGAGGUCUGACCUCCUGAAUAAGCCAUGGACAGAGAGAAAGGACUGAAUAAGGAGGACAAAGAAAAGGAGAGAGAAGAAAAAGAAAGUGAUGAAUCAAAGCAGUUCACUCUGCUGGAGCAAUCUGAGGAUGAUACUGAGCUUCCCAUCAUGCAAUGGGAGGAACUUGGUCGACGCAUUGAAGAGUUGGAGAUGCAGGAGGUGGAAAGAGAGAAAAAACGGAAAACACAGAAUCUGCUGGCUGGAAUAGCAGAGACUGCAGGAGGGCAUGAUAAGCAGAGCAUAAGGGCAUCCUAUGAUGAUGGAGAUGAUGAGACAACAAGACAUGUGAUCUCCUUGACAUCUCGUCUUCAGAGUCGGAUGAACUUGCAGUUGUGUUUUAUUAAUAACAGUGAAAGUGAAGAUGAAGAGGAGGAAGAGCAAAGCAAACAGAAGCACAAUUAUGACACCCAACCAGAAGAGUUCUCCCCACCCCCAGUGGCGCACAGAAAUACAGCAGAGCGACCAGAAGAGUUGCAAAACCAGUCAUAUGUUUCAGCUGGACCUAAAGAAGGUGCUGCAAAGGAGGGGCAAAGAGAAGACAAGCAAAGUAAAAGCCCAACGGAACUGCCUAGAAGACUUAAAAGAGUAGAUCUGCAGAAACUUUCGGUGCAGAAAUUAGAGUCUCUGAGAGCAUCGUUGAUGCAGGCUGUCCAGGAUCUGAGCUCGGAGCUGGUAUGUCUGCUACUGUGCCGGGACAAGCUGCAAAUUGAAAGGGACGCCAUCCUAACCGAGGUGGAAGACCUGACAGUCAUAGCUGAGAACAAGCAAACCAGGUUUGAUCGGACCAGACGACCAUACCGCCAGCGUGAAUGAACCUGAAAUGGGCAACAGAAGAAUGUUUAUUCUACAUUUUAAUACAUUUCAUCCAGAAUCUCCAUGUUACUAGAAGCAGACAGCUCUCAAAUUUACAUGUCUCUUGUUGGAGGUCAUGGUAUGUCUGGAACUGGGCAGGAUAAAGCCAUGAAGAUCUUAGCUAACUUUUGCUGCUGGCUUCUGAAUCUGUGAUAAGGAUGAAUUUCUCACACAAGUGGAAAACAUCUGCAAGGAUGUUUGGAAGUUAGUCUAAGCAUCCUCAGGCUGAAAUGCAUACACAGCAGGAUUCCAAAUAUGAUUCCAAAAACUAUGGUCUUAUUUUCAGACACAUAGUCUUAUCCCUUGGGGUGUCAGUGCUAUUCUUUAACCAUCAUACCCCUGAACUCCUGAACAAUUCUUUAAUUUUAAUAAAUGUGAGAAGUGCUAUAAACAAGAAAACAAAAGGGUUAUUUACCUUUUAUUAAAAGAGCUCUAAAGUAUAUCACGUCAAACAGACCACCCUGUAUUUUUCUCUAAGAUCACUAAAGUCAUUCCAAAUAUCACAGAUGAGAUGCUUGAAGACAAAGACAUUCUUUUUUACUGUUACAAGGGAAAAAGCUUUUCAGGAAGGAAUUUCACAAAAAUCUUUGACUCCAACCUGACCUCUUCACAAAGUCAACAAACCUUGCAAAAGGUUUUCCGUUAACUUCACUCUAUCGCAAGCAUUUGUGCUAUUUUGUAGAGCAACAUUGUGAAAGACCAAUAUGGAUUGCUUUGCUACUAUUUGUCACUCUUUAUUUUAUUUGAUGCCAUCCACAAAAAUGUGCCAUUACAUGGCAAUUUAUGGAGCAAACAUGACAAUACAGUAGCAAACCUCAAACUCUUGAGUCUGUUACAAAAAAAUAAAAAAUUGUAAAUAAAAUAGUAAAUAAAUAAAAACAAAUCAUU